CCAGCAACCAUCCACACCAUCAUUGGCGCACGCGAUUUAUAUGGCUGCCCUGGUGCGCCAGCUGAAUAACGAAGAGCCUCCUCCCGGCCUUGUUGCGUUCUCCCCGCUCAGCCCCGCGGUGGCUUUAAAUAGGCAACCCCGCCUUCCGCGCGCGGCGAUGGAGCGGGAUCGACCGUUGCGAAGAUGCGAACAUGAUUCAAUACUCCGCCUGGGUGUGGUCACAGGAACACGAGCAGUUCUAUUGCUGUUCUUAUGAUGCACAAGGUCAAUUUCUCCAGUACCACUGGUCGGGAGCUGCCGCCGCGGCGCCCGCUGAAGUGACGGCGGUGGAGGCUUCGUCUUCUACAGCGACAGCAGCACCCGACAAGCCACGGACUAUACUACCGGCAGGACUCCCAUCCCAGAUACCGUACGAUGGUUCGAGGUCCCCACCCGGCCACUACACGUCCCGAUCGCUUCGUUCGGUGCUUCCACAAGACGUUCGAGAAACCGUGGGAGGCGAUAAACCUCGUCGGCACAUACAGACGGGAAUAGAUGGAAGGAAUCACGAAGAGCUUGAUCCGAGAUAUGCGCGGGUUAUUCCGGAACACAUACCGUACUUCUUCGUUCGCGGUCGGGUGUUCAAAAUGCUAUGGAUCGAACCUGCGGGGCAAGCGAGCCUUGGGCAAACGCGUGGAUCGACCCACUUUAGCGUCGUGACGUACAAUCAAACGGCCUAUGCGGAAAUACGACGAUUCAUCGUUGUCAACAACAAGGGAACAUUUAGUCAAUGCAUCCCAAUACAGACGUAUCGGAAGCAAGGAGCUACGAAGCCGGGACUCCUCGUUGAGGAUCACGGUGUCGUUUAUACCGGAGCCGAGUAUACAACUCCACCUUCACUUCUUUACGGUGAAGGCAUCACGAAGCAACCAAUACGUGUGGAGCCCAAGGGAAAUGAGUGGCUUCACCGGGAGUCCAGGAUAAACUUUGGGAAGCCAUAUGCAGUAGAACACAACGUGAAGGUCCUGGAGAUUGGCAAUGUUGCCUCGGAGCACAUGCAUCUCCUAGAGACCUAUUUCGAGGCGGCCAUGAGGACAUGAAUCGUUUACCACAUUCAUAGUCGGUUGUUACGUUUCAUUUUGACGGGUAUGGCGAUUACCCAAGUUCCGCAACAUACGCAGAUCUAGGUUUCGCCUCAUCGCUGCAUGUGCGAUGGCUCGUUCUUAUCAUACGAUCAUACAAGCCUUGACGGGCCUGUACCGAUUUACUCACCCUUUUCGUUAUAUUCUGAAUUGUUUCUCAUCGUUGCGAUAUGUUGACUACGGCACAGUGAGAAUGUCUGAGCGAGGAGAGCUCAAUUCUGAGCUUGCUGGGUCUCCAAAAUAGUGAGACGUGGAAUCUCAUACUCUCCGAUUCCCUGGUUAUCCAUGACUUUAACGAAGCGACGGUCUCGUUGAUCAUGUUGGUUCUUUAUAAUUAAUGACACUCUGUUUUUUGACCGAUG